GGAAGGGGCUGUUCCCAGUUGCUAUGGUGACAAGGUAGGCGCGUUUCCUUGGUAUCACUGCACACAUCUAAGGCGGUCUCCUCUCCUCGUUGCUACGGCAACUCAGUGGGGCUGUUCCUGUCGCCCCCCGCCUCCCGCCGCAGUCGCCGAGGCAAGGUGGAGGUAGGGACUGUCCUCCUCCCGCCGCCGAGUUGCCUUGGAGACGGCGGGUGCCCAGGCCCCGCCCCGCACGGACUGACAGCGGCGGCCGCAUCGCGCCUGCGCAGUGCCCUCGUCCCCCGCAGUCUGUGCGUUGAAGCCGGAGACCGCGGCGGCCUCAGCGAGGACCCUCCGCCCCGGAGCCGCCGGCCGGAGCCGCAGCCUCUGCCGCAGCGCCCCCGCCGCCUGUCCCCUCCCCCGCCGCCUCCGCCGGAGCCGCCUCGCGCACUCUGGGGUAUGGCCGUCAAUGUGUACUCCACAUCUGUGACCAGUGAAAAUCUGAGUCGCCAUGAUAUGCUUGCGUGGGUCAACGACUCCCUGCACCUCAACUACACCAAGAUAGAACAGCUAUGCUCAGGGGCAGCCUACUGCCAGUUCAUGGACAUGCUCUUCCCCGGCUGUGUGCACUUGAGGAAAGUGAAGUUUCAGGCCAAGCUAGAGCAUGAAUACAUCCACAACUUCAAGGUGCUGCAAGCAGCUUUCAAGAAGAUGGGUGUCGACAAAAUCAUUCCUGUAGAGAAAUUAGUGAAAGGAAAAUUCCAAGAUAAUUUUGAGUUUAUUCAGUGGUUUAAGAAAUUCUUUGACGCAAACUAUGAUGGAAAGGAUUACAACCCUCUGCUGGCGCGGCAGGGCCAGGACGUAGCGCCACCUCCUAACCCAGGUGAUCAGAUCUUCAACAAAUCCAAGAAACUCAUUGGCACAGCAGUUCCACAGAGGACAUCCCCCACAGGCCCAAAAAACAUGCAGACCUCCGGCCGGCUGAGCAACGUGGCCCCACCCUGCAUCCUCCGGAAGAAUCCUCCAUCAGCCCGAAAUGGUGGCCAUGAGACUGAUGCCCAAAUUCUUGAACUCAACCAGCAGCUGGUGGACUUGAAGCUGACAGUGGAUGGGCUGGAGAAGGAGCGUGACUUCUACUUCAGCAAACUUCGUGACAUCGAGCUCAUCUGCCAGGAGCAUGAAAGUGAAAACAGCCCUGUCAUCUCAGGCAUCAUCAGCAUCCUCUAUGCCACGGAGGAAGGAUUCGCACCCCCUGAGGACGAUGAGAUUGAAGAGCAUCAACAAGAAGACCAGGACGAGUACUGAGGGCGGCCGCAGCCCUGGCUGACUGCACAGCUUCCCCGUGCCUCCCUCCCCGCUCCACCCCCACAUUACAGUCCUUUCCUAACACAGUCAGCCGGGUGCUUUGUGUCAGUGCCGCAGCACUGGGAGCCAGGCGAGCGGAGCUUGGGGACAUGGGGCCGGGAAGCAGGCAGAAGCCCGUCCUGGGUAGCACUGGCCCAGUUGGCGGGACCCCUGUCCACACCCACCCUAUUUAUUUCCGUUGUCUCUCUGCUGUGUUGCCCAACACUUCCCAGGGUGCUGCUGCCACCCGCCCCAGCCAGCCACCUGCUCCUGACAGCCAGCAGCUGUGUAUUUGACAAAGUCAUUGGUAUAUUUUUACUUACUGGAUUUUCCUUGCACUUUACCUGUUCUUUUCCAGGGCUGACAGCACGGGCUCCGGGGCAGUGUGCCUUGCUUGGCUUCCCUUCCCCAAGGCUGGGGGCUGGGGCAGGACUCACCCAUUCUAAUUUAUUUUGUCUUUUGGCUUCUCAGUAGUUGAAGGGAAGGCUGAUGUCAGGAGAGGGAGAGGGGGCUGAGGAGGUAGUGCUGUAGGCUCAGGGGGGUAAGGGAGAGGGAGGGGAGCAUGUGAGGGAUGGAAGUGACCUCCUGGCACCAGGCUCACCCACCCAAGGCCCCCUGCCCCAGCACCGAAGCCCAGCAUUGCCCAGAGGCCCCCAGCCACUGCCUCUUGCCACCUGGCUCACCACACAGACUCUGCCUGGACCCCACUGUCCGUCUGCUUCCCACCUGCCCUCCCCACCCCCUGCCCCUCGGGCACCAGCCUGCAUAUGUGUUCACUUUUAUUUAAAUAAACUUGUGUGGUAAAAGUC